AUGACAAAGCUUAUCGUCGUGUUCAAUGCUACUAGCCAACAAGGCUCAACCAUCAUCGAGUCUAUCAUUCGUGAUGACCAACUNUCCCGCCAGUUCAGCAUCCGCGCGGUCAUGAGCGACCCAGAAGAGCCAGCUGCAGCAGAGCUAGAGGCAAAAGGCAUCGAGGUCUAUGCGGGCAGUCUNGACGAUGUNGAAUCAGUCACCGCUGCAGUCGAGGGUGCAUUCAGCGUCGUCGGAAUGGUACCUAUUGCGGAUGACAGACUUCAAGCAACGAAGAUGAGCAAGCAACCAAGUAGACAAUGCCGCUAUCGUCAAAGCCAGCAAAGUAGGCAGCCACCACAAAGCUCUCGCGCGCCCAUUGAAGCCCGCGCUUGGCGAGCCGCUCUCGUCUGCUACCACUCGCCUCGAGACAGUCAGCCAGCAUUUGCUGGAUCACAUAUCGCAGCCAGGAGUAUAUCUUCGCGGGAACGACGGAUACGCUCAGUCGGCUUAGACGGCCACUAUGAACGUGUAAGACAGCUCGCUGUCCACCCAGGCAGCUCGUUGUCCUCUACGACAAUAGCCACUGCUCGCUGUCUUGUAAUGAAUGCAAUAUACGAGACGUUGCAGUAA